AUGACUCAGGCUGUUGUUACGUGGUGGAGUGAAUUGGCAAGAUUCGGCUUUAGAUCGAACAUGUUCUUCCAUCCAAGCGAGCGAAAUCGUGGAAAUCAAAGUGUGAUGAACUGGUCAAAGAUGGCUUGGUGGAACAAUCGGCGUCUCGGAUGUGCUGUACAACACUGCGGUACUUAUUAUGUGACUUCUUGCAUGUAUAGUCCUGGAGGUAAUUAUGACUACGAAUACGUCUACCGCGUUGGAGCUGUAUGUGAGGAUUGUCCUGCUGCUAGCUGUGACAGCCAGUUUUUAUGUCGUUGA